CUCGAAAAAUUUUCCCUUUUCCGCUGUUCCCUACAAAAGCGAGGAUAACUAAUCUCUCGGUCACCCUCUUUCCCCUCGCUCUCUCGCGAUCUCUGCAACUCAAAGGUAAUAAUAGACUUUGGUGUAUCGUGAAGAGCAUCUCAACGUUAAGAGGAAAUGGGGUACAUUGGGCAACAUGGAAUUGCUACUCUGCACAAGUAUAAAUACAGUGGGGUGGAUCAUUCAUAUGUCGCAAAAUAUGUAUUGCAGCCUUUCUGGACUCGCUGUGUUAAUCUCUUUCCUCUUUGGAUGCCACCAAAUAUGAUAACACUUAUGGGUUUCAUGUUCUUGGUUAUAUCUGCAUUUCUUGGCUACAUGUAUUCACCUCAUUUAGAUUCAGCUCCCCCAAGAUGGGUUCAUUUUGCACAUGGACUUCUUCUCUUUUUAUAUCAGACAUUUGAUGCUGUUGAUGGAAAGCAAGCAAGACGUACAAAUUCUUCCAGUCCAUUGGGAGAGCUUUUUGACCACGGAUGUGAUGCGCUUGCAUGUGCAUUUGAAACCAUGGCUUUUGGGAGCACCUCCAUGUGUGGAAGGAGCAGUUUCUGGUUCUGGGUUCUUGCAGCUGUCCCAUUUUAUUGUGCAACAUGGGAACACUUUUUCACCAAUACACUCAUUCUUCCUGCAGUAAAUGGACCUACAGAAGGUCUAAUGCUGAUCUACAUGUGUCACUUUUUUACAGCUUUUGUUGGUGCUGGGUGGUGGGUAGACAACUUUGGGAAGUCUAUGCCAUUUCUGAGUUGGAUACCAUUUGUUUAUGCAAUUCCAACAUACAAAGUUGUGUUGUUUCUAAUGAUAACUUUUGGUGUUAUUCCAACAGUCAUAUUCAAUGUAUACAAUGUCUAUAAGGUAGUUCAAGCAAGGAAAGGAAGCAUGUUACUGGCAUUAGCAAUGCUUUACCCUUUCGCUGUUCUGCUAGGAGGAGUUCUAGUAUGGGAUUAUUUAUCUCCAUCAGAUAUUAUGGGAAACUACCCUCAUUUAGUUAUAUUGGGAACUGGACUUGCAUUUGGGUUCCUUGUGGGAAGGAUGAUUUUGGCUCACUUGUGUGAUGAGCCCAAGGGCUUAAAAACGGGAAUGUGCAUGUCAUUGUUAUAUCUUCCAUUUGCCAUUGCAAAUGCGCUUACAGCUAGGCUCAAUGAUGGAGUUCCAUUAGUUGAUGAGAGCUUGGUUCUUAUUGGUUACUGUGGCUUCACAGUGGUACUAUAUUUGCACUUUGCCACUUCUGUCAUCCAUGAAAUCACCACUGCUCUGGGAAUCUACUGCUUCAGGAUAACGAGGAAAGAAGCUUGAGAACAGCUAACAUUUUAUUAUUUUUUGGGGAAUCAACUCCGAAGGCAUGUACUAUUUAUUUGGUGGGUUUGGUUGGCGCAUCUGGACAGGGUUUUUUUCUUUUUGUUUUGCUAUUUAUAGUUGAAGUUUGGAUGAUAGUUUCUCAAACAUAUCCCUCAGUUUUUUUUGGGAUUUUUGUAGGGAGGCAGAAUCCCAUAUAGUGAUGAUGACCAUGAGACUGUAGAUUUGUUGGUCUAAGGUGUAUUAUUUCUUCCAGUUAGCAAGGACUGACUCAAGGUCGCUGAGCUAAUUUAUUUCUAUCCAACUCUUAUUCUGA